ACACGGGCUGCUGGGCGGCCGGGGAUACCUGCGGAUGGAGCGGCCGAGGCACCAGGGGAUGGUGAAGAACACGUUCAUGCGCUGGCGGCUCCCACUCAUAUGCCUCGUCUGGGAGGUGGCCAUGAUCAUCCUCUUCGGGGUCUUCGUGCGUUUCAGCCCCGAAGCUGACGCACAUUGGGAAGAAGAGAAGCGAAAGAUGAACCUGACCAGCGACAUAGAGAAUGAUUUCUACUUCCGAUACCCAUCUUUCCAGGAUGUCCACGUGAUGAUCUUUGUGGGCUUUGGCUUCCUUAUGAUGUUCCUCAAGCGUUAUGGAUUCGGAGCUGUAGGUUUCAAUUUCCUCCUUGCUGCCUUUGGGAUCCAGUGGGCUCUCCUGAUGCAAGGCUGGUUCCACUCUUUCAAGAGCGGGAAGAUCCUCAUUGGAGUGGAGAACCUGAUCAAUGCUGAUUUCUGUGUGGGCUCUGUGUGCAUUGCCUUUGGAGCCAUCCUGGGCAAAACCAGCCCCAUACAGCUCCUCGUCAUGACUUUGUUUCAAGUCACACUCUUUGCAGUGAAUGAGUACAUCCUCCUCAACCUGCUUCAUGUUAAGGACGCGGGUGGCUCCAUGACCAUUCACACCUUCGGAGCCUACUUUGGCCUCACAGUGACACGCAUCCUGUACAGACCCAACCUGGAGCAGAGUAAGGACAAGCAGGGCUCCGUGUACCACUCGGACCUCUUCGCUAUGAUCGGUACCCUGUAUCUAUGGAUGUACUGGCCCAGUUUUAACUCAGCAAUUUCUGAGCAUGGGGAUGCCCAGCACAGGGCUGCCAUUAACACCUACUGCUCACUGGCUGCUUGUGUCCUCACCACAAUGGCCUUCUCCAGCAUGCUGCAGAAGAAAGGCAAGCUUGACAUGGUCCACAUCCAGAAUGCAACACUGGCAGGCGGCGUGGCUGUGGGCACCAGCGCGGAAAUGAUGCUGACUCCAUAUGGCUCCCUCAUUGUUGGGUUCAUCUGUGGCAUCGUGUCCACAGUGGGGUAUGUCUACCUUACGCCUUUUUUGGAGUCCAGGUUGCACAUCCAGGACACAUGUGGCAUCCACAACCUCCAUGCCAUGCCAGGCCUUAUUGGGGGCAUUGUGGGGGCCAUCACUGCAGCUGCAGCCACAGAGGAUGUAUAUGGAAAGGAAGGGUUCAUCAAGGCAUUUGACUUCACUGGCACGUACAAGACGCGGACACCCAGCAUCCAAGGAGGGUUCCAGGCAGUGGUGUCAGUGCUGAUGGCUUUCGCCGGAGGGGCCCUUGUGG